GCUCCACCUGGACUGAUAACGCUCGCUGGUCAGGAAUUUGCUUACUCGACCGAAUCGAGCAACCAAAAAUAAAAGCUGAGCUGAGAUAAUCAGCCAUGGCCCAUGAGUGCUUCAUAGGCUCCCGCGUCCCAUCCAUGGCAUCCAGUGGUUCAUGGCGGGCGAUAAGAAAGAGGAAGAUCUUCGGCCCAUCUGACCAAUUUUCGAAUCCUUAUCUUGUGUCAAGCUCAAGGAGGUGUGGGCUUGGGGCUGCCUGUAGGCUUCUUCCAUGUCAUGAUGGCGUACGGGGGAAAAUACCACUAUCAGUGGUCCUAUUAAUUCCGCUGAUUGGCUUACCGGGAGAAUCAAUGACGAGGGCGAUGAUACGUAUAGUAUACAACGCUGAUAUGGCUGGUUAGCUUAGCUUGUUCUUUCUUAAUUACUACCACUUCCUUCCUCUUCAUCCUCCCUUCAUCCAUAACUGGAAGGUUCUGAUUAGAGUGACUCGAGUUCCUCCUCCUCCUCCUCCUCCUCCUCUUGCCG